AAUUUCGAAACUAAUGCGAAUUCUAAUUCCUUGCCGAGCACUGAAAUGGGCCCGAAAAUACCAUUUCGAUCCGCGGCGUACUUUUCGCGCAAUCCGAUGAAAAGGAAACCGGAAUCCUUGCGCCCUCGCUCUCUAAAAGUGGGAGCAAACGUCACCCGGAUAAAGCCAAUCAGCGCGCGCCCUGGGUAAAUGCGAGCCGCGCGCCUGUUUGGCGAUCGCGAAGCGAAGGCGAAGGUAGCAAACAUGGAGUCUGAAAACGAGAGUGAUGUUUCUCUGUCUGGGGGAGAUUCUGACGAACAUGUAAGCGGUAGCGGCGACGAGUUAAUGCUGGAUGAUGACCUAUACUCUACGGACCCAAUGCCUCUGGAACCCGCCGACCAUGCACGAGAUGUGGCUGCGGCUAACCCGCGGGAUGACAUUUUCAGGUGUCUGUGUGGAGUCUGCGACCCACAGGAGCCCGACGAGCGCCUGUGUUGCCAUUCUGUUGCCAGGGUGGUAGAAAUGUGCAACAGUGCCGCCGUGCAGUGCAUAACACAACACCCAUUACUCAGGGACAUCUGCCUCCGUAGGGAGCUUCUAGUGGUGUACGCGCCUCAAUUCUGCCGCUAUGAUCAACAUUUUAGGCGACUCAAUCCCCAGGACCACAGCUGCCUGAGGUUCACGGCAUACUCGUCAUUCACGAGAUGGGUCUGGGGAUACCUUCGUCCAAGGAACAGACGACAGGUUCCUGGAUGCGUUGUCCGAGCCAUCAGGAGGGAGUUCCCAUUUACGUCCUAUCAAGGCUAUCAGCGUUAGGACAGUCGAAGCAAGGGUGUCUUGACAAGAGAGACAAGCUGGUGCAUACUGAUGGCUGGAACUGGAGAC